GCAAUUUCCGUUCAAAAUGGCUGACAAGACUAUGUCUAUUUCUGUUCCAUCAGAAAAGCCUAUAAAAGUCGAAAAAUGGAAAGUUAAACAAGGCGCAUUUGUGUCGCAAGGACAAAUAUUAUUUUUAUAUAGUGAUUCAUCGGGUAAUAACAGUGGAUUUAAGAAAUUUAAGGCAUUGCGUGCAGGUACUAUUCUAACCAUCAAGGUGAAAGAAGGCGACACUGCAGAGCCUGGAACAUGCUUAGCCGAUUUAGAAGGAUGCAAACAUCCUACUGUUAUGAAGGAUAUGUGUGCCGAAUGCGGUGCAGAUUUACGUGUAGACGAAAGAAAGAAAUUGGAGGUAGCUGUGGUGCCUAUGGUACACUCUGUACCUGAACUAAAGGUAUCUGAGGAACUGGCACAAAAAUUGGGACGGGAGGAUGCUGAUCGUUUAUUGAAAGAUAGAAAGUUGGUCCUUCUAGUGGAUCUAGAUCAAACACUAGUUCAUACUACAAAUGAUGAUAUCCCUCCAAAUUUGAAGGGUGUUCUUCAUUUCUUCUUAAGAGGCCCGGGCAGUCAAGGAAGAUGGUGUCACACAAGACUCAGGCCGAGAACAAAAGAAUUUCUGGAAUCAGCAGCUAAAAUUUAUGAGCUGCAUGUCUGUACAUUUGGCGUUAGGCAAUAUGCACACGCUAUUGCUGAUUUGUUAGAUCCAGAGAAAAAAUUUUUCUCACACAGAAUAUUGUCAAGGGAUGAAUGCUUUGAUGCUAGAACAAAGUCGGCUAAUCUAAAGGCUCUCUUCCCAUGUGGAGAUAAUAUGGUGUGCAUUAUUGAUGACAGGGAAGAUGUUUGGAGACAUGCUACCAACUUAAUUCAUGUGAGGCCAUACUCAUUUUUUCAGUCUACUGGAGAUAUUAAUGCCCCACCACCCCUCAGUGAUGAUAAGCUAAAAGCGAGCGAGAAAAAUGGGUCUGUUCUACGUCAAUUGCCAAUGUUGGAUUCAGAACCUGAUAAAGGUGGAACUGGAGGUAGUUUUAAAGAUAAACCAACAGAAGAUAACUUAAAAGAAGCAAAGUCGACCAAAGUAACUGAAAUUGAAAGUAAUGCUGAAAAUAAAGAUAUAAAUAAUUUGUCUAAUGAAAGUUCUGGAGAACCAGAGGAUCCCAAAUGGAUUGAAACAUCUGAUGGACAAAUUGAAGUUGAAGAUUCUGAUGAUUAUCUAAUAUAUUUAGAAGAUAUCUUAAAAAGGAUACACAAGCAGUUUUAUGACAUGUAUGAUAGUUUGGGGCAGCACCAAAUACCGGAUCUUAAGUUUAUAAUACCAGAGGUAAAAGGCCAAGUAUUAGCUGGUACCAGUUUAGUGUUUAGUGGUCUGGUUCCUACACAUCAAAAGUUGGAGACAUCUAGAGCAUUUCUAGUGGCAAGGGGCCUGGGAGCGGAAGUGACCCAAGAUUUUACAGAGAAAACCACACAUUUAGUUGCUGUAAGAUCAGGCACAGCUAAAGUAAAUACCAGUCGCAGAAUGGGCGAGGGCAAGUCAAAGGUUCAAGUGGUAACACCAGAUUGGCUGUGGAGUUGUGCAGAGAGAUGGGAACGGGUUGAUGAACGAUUAUACCCCCUUCAGAGAGGGGGACAGAGUAGUGCUCGCAGGCCUCCAGCUCACUGUAGUAGUCCACCACCCGCACCACCACCAAAUACGGUGGCCGCAAUACGCAAGAGAACACCGUCCGGUAGAUUCAUGGAUACAAUCAACCCCCUUCUAUCCUUCUCUAGUGAUGACAUUGCUGAUAUGGAUAGAGAGGUAGAAGAUAUAUUCAAUGAAUCUGAUGAAAGUUCAUCUGAAGAAGAGAAGGCAAUUACUGAUGACAUUGAUGAUGAGGAAAAUAUUCCUGAAGACAGGUUACUCACACUUGACACAGAAAAUAGUUCACAAGAUAGGAUACUUGAUAAUGAUGUCGAGAGUGAAUCAGAACCAGAUGAAGACAGACCUCGUAAACGACCUAGACCUGCAUCUCCCCCUACAGAAGAUGAUGAUAGCUCAUGGAAUUUAAUGGGAGCUGCUUUAGAAAGAGAAUUUUUAGCACAGGACUGAUGUUUUCUGUAUCACUCUAUAGAUAUAUUAUACUUUUUGUUUAAUAAAUUGUUCAUUGGUUUUAUA